CGGGCAUGCCCCGGAAGCAGUUCUUUGGCCCUGUGACACGUAGCAACGGGGCUAGUUCAGGUUCUGAAACUGAGUUUGGGGAUUGUUUGGGACUGCUGAAGAUACUGCCUUUGCCGCCAGCGCAGCCUCAGCGUUUGGUGAGUGACCCAGGCCCGUGGCACACUGUUCGGCUUCUCUCCACACCUGUGCAAAUGGGCUUGUUGCCGUCUUUCGGCGCCGCGCCCUGGUCCUUUCGCUCAGACCCUCGCUCCCAUUCAAGCCCUUGCUCUGAUGCGGGCCCCUGCACCUCAGGCGCGACCUUCCAAGAUUCUGCACUUUCCUGGCAGGCGGCAGGCCUUACGUUUCAAGGAAGCAGUCGCGUUGUCGGCUGUAAAGCCCUGUCCCAAGAUUAUUUGCAAUGUCCGGUUUUGAAAACUUAAAUACGGAUUUCUACCAGACAAGUUACAGCAUCGAUGAUCAGUCACAGCAGUCCUAUGAUUAUGGAGGAAGUGGAGGACCCUAUAGCAAACAGUAUCCUGGCUAUGACUACUCGCAGCAAGGCCGAUUUGUCCCUCCAGACAUGAUGCAGCCACAACAGCCAUACACUGGGCAGAUUUUCCAGCCAACUCAGGCAUAUACCCCAGCUUCACCUCAGCCAUUCUAUGGAAACAACUUUGAGGAUGAGCCACCUUUAUUAGAAGAGUUAGGUAUCAAUUUUGACCACAUCUGGCAAAAAACACUAACAGUAUUACAUCCAUUAAAAGUAGCAGAUGGCAGCAUCAUGAAUGAAACUGAUUUGGCAGGACCAAUGGUUUUUUGCCUGGCUUUUGGAGCCACAUUGCUACUGGCUGGCAAAAUUCAGUUUGGCUAUGUAUAUGGGAUCAGUGCAAUUGGAUGUCUAGGAAUGUUUUGUUUAUUAAACUUAAUGAGCAUGACAGGUGUUUCAUUCGGUUGUGUGGCAAGUGUCCUUGGAUAUUGUCUUCUGCCCAUGAUCCUACUUUCCAGCUUUGCAGUGAUAUUUUCUUUGCAAGGAAUGGUAGGAAUCAUUCUCACUGCUGUGAUUAUUGGAUGGUGUAGUUUUUCGGCUUCCAAAAUAUUUAUUUCUGCAUUAGCCAUGGAAGGACAGCAACUUUUAGUAGCAUAUCCUUGUGCUUUGUUAUAUGGAGUUUUUGCCCUGAUUUCUGUCUUUUGAACUGAAUUUAUCUGGAAUGUGGACAUCAGUGGGCCAAAUGUGCAAAAAGGACCUUGAACUCUUAAAUUGGACCAGUGAAACUGCUGCAGUGCAACUGUCAUGCAGAUUUACAUUUGACUGUUGGAGCAAUGAAAGUAAACGUGUACCUCCUGUUCAUUUUUAUAGAACUUUGAAUACUAUAUUGGGUUUAUCUGCAGUGCGACUAGCUUUAAAUGUUUGUGUUUAUACAAAUAAGAAAUGCUAUUUCUUUCUGGUUCCUGCAGCCUUUGAAAAACCUUUUCUUUGCAAAUUACAAUGUUUUUGAUAGAUUUUUAUCAACUGUGGGAAACCAAACACAAAGCUGAUAAUCUUUCUUAACAACAACCCAGACAUAGUAAAGAAGACUUACUGCAAAAAAUAUUUUUCCGAGGAUUUAGGAAAGAAAAAUUGCCUUUUAUUCUCAAGUUCAGGUACACUCAAAGCAAAAAAGUGAUCCAAAUGUAGAGUAUGAGUUUCCACUCCAAAAAUUUGGCAUUACUGUAAAUUAUCUCAUGGAAUUUCUGCUAAAAUUCAGAGCUAUAGGAAGUUCACAGUCUACCUUAUUGUAGACAUGAAAUGUGAACACUUAUUUAGAUAUUAGUGUUAACUAAAGCUUAGUGACCUGGAAUGGUUGCAUUGAUGCUCAUGGUUGGGUCUCCACAUUUCCCAAAAAAGAAAAAAAUCACUAACCUUUUUUGAGAAAAAUACUUAAAGUUUUACAGUUUCAGUAUUGCAGUUAUCAAUGUAAAGUACAUUUGAAUGCUUAUUAAUUAAAACUUUCUCAAUUAAUUUUAACUGUGUUGUUGAGUUUACUUUUACUAAACCACUGUUCUCUUUGUCUCUUUUAACUAGGCUCUGAUUUUGACUCCUAAUUUAACCUAAGCUUUAAGAAUAGAAUCAGCUAGUAUAGAAUCAGACAAAAAGGGGAUUAAGUGAGAAGCAGAUUACUUUGAGUUACAUUAUUUUCUUGUAUUGAAUAUGUUUGAUUUAUAUUGUCAUGUUCUCUUGCCAGAGAGUUUUAGGAAAAUACUGUAUCUUGUAUACUGAUCAUUGGACAAACCCCAAUUAUAGUUAUGAGAAAGAUAUGGUAUGGGUAGAAAAAUGUUGCUUUUUUUAAAAAAAGAGACUUUCAGACUAAAUAAAAAGAAAUACCAAACUGAUAUAUCCAUGGUCCUUUUUUAGAGCAAGCUUUCAAAGCAUAAAAAGAGAUUGAGAGAAUUAACAUAUUUAUUGAUUCACAUAAGUGUUUUUUUUUUCAUUCUUAAUCUGAAGAAACCCACUUGCCAUUAAUUUGUUUGGGCUAGGUUUUCAUACUUACCAAAUUAGUUUAGGAAAGCAAUUUGGUAGGUUUUCAAACUUAGCAAAUUUUAUAUUGUAAUUCUUGUGUAGUAUUUUGUCUUUGCAAUUCAUUUGUCUUUUUCAAUAUAGUUCUUGUUAAGGCAAAUGUAACAAUGUCUUUCAUUAAUAUCCAAUUCUUGCUAAUAAACAGUAGAAGAUGCUUUGGGAAUUAAGAUCAUCUCACUGUUGGUUAGACUUAACACUGCUAAUCUUCAGCCAAAUACCACAAAUGGAUGAAAUUAUUUUCUUAUUUGUUGUUUACUCUAUCCCCAACAAAAUUUUUAGUUUAAAUCAUUUUAGAGAUUUUUUGUUGGUGGUGGUGGUUAUUUUUUAUUUAGCUCCAAAAUAAUAAGGUGCAAAACUAUUUUAUCCUUAACUGUUGCUGUCAAAACAGCUAUGCGAUAGAGUUGCAUUUGAUGCAACUUUAGUUCUAGAGUUUGUUUGGUUACCUGCAGAGUCAUAUAUAGCCAAAACUUCUCUUAAUCAAACCCUUCUUAAAAAUAUAAUAUAUGUAGUCAUAUACACAUUAAAGACUGUUGUACUGUG